UUGUGAAAUUCCGUUUUUCGUCUACGGCACUGGUAGUUCAAAUGAUUCAGUUGUCAACAUCAUCAGUCAACAUUCACCACUUAGGUAUUUUUUUAUCGUUUGAAUUUUAUCUUAUCGUUUCAGUAAAUAAAAACGAACAUGUCUCCCCCUCAAACUCACGUUUACAAAGUCGCAAUGACUUGUGAGGGAUGUUCAGGAGCAGUGGAGAGGGUGCUUAAUAAAUUAAAAGAUAAAGGAGUGGUUGAUGUCAAUAUUGAUUUGCCUGGGCAAACGGUCAAAGUGAAAACAACACUGUCAUCACAAGAAAUCUUGGAUGUGAUUAAAAAAACCGGAAAAGAGACUGAAUUUAUUCAAACUGUAUAAAAUCAAACAUUUCUAACGCAGCUUAUUGGGAAAAUUAAAAUUAAAACGAAUUGUAUGUUUAUUAUUUAAUAAAAUUUAUUACGUUGAAA